GAAUGAAUUAUGAACGGAGGGGAGGAGGAGAGAGCAUCGUGGUUCGAUCAUCCGGAAACAUUCCCGGUUCCACCAUCAGCCUCCAAAUCCUCUCCGGGGGACCGUCUGGAGGAAGAUUGUCCUGAAUUAACCCUGAAGAUCCCAUCUAUUUCUCACAACAAGGAUGGAAUUGAGCGGUGGUAUUUACCCGCGACUCGCGACCAGUGCGGCCUCGGGGCGGGGGGCAUUAGAGACUAUGAACAGCUCUGGGGUUUGCUGCUCGAUUGAAUUGAUCUCUUUUCAUUUAUGAAGUAUUGACUGUAUACAAUAUGGCUCCACUCGAUGUGUGCAUGGUCGGUACUGGGGAGUACACGACGGGAUUUGUUGGCGGAGGAGCUUCCGGAUCAGACAAGAAGGUGGGCGUGGUUGGACUGACGCUCUUUGACCUGCGAAGGCGAGGCAAGGUGGGCAACUUGAGUAUGGUGGGAGUCUCAGGCCAGAAGUUCCCAGCAAUCCGAGAACACCUUACCAAGAACAUCACCCAAGUCUACAACAAUUUGGACACCAGCUUCGACUCCUACCCGGACAACAAUACGUCCGACCCGGAGGCCUACAAGGCGGCUAUCGAUGCCCUUCCUCCCGCCUCUGCCAUCACCAUUUUCACACCUGACCCCACACAUUUCCCAAUCGCUCUGUAUGCCCUCCAAAAGGGCCACCAUGUCCUCGUCACCAAGCCUGCCACGCUGCUCCUCUCCGAGCACCAGAUCCUUCUCGCCGAAGCUCGCAAGCGCAAUCUCCUGGUCUACGUCGAGCACCACAAGCGAUUCGACCCGGCCUACGCAGAUGCCCGACACAAGGCCACGCAAAUCGGCGACUUCAACUACUUCUACAGCUACAUGUCACAGCCGAAGUCGCAGCUGGAAACGUUCAAGGCCUGGGCGGGCAAGGACUCGGACAUCAGCUACUACCUCAACUCGCACCAUAUCGACAUCUGUGCGUACCUGGCACCACAGUGGAGGCCCGCACGCGUGAAUGCAUCGGCGAGUAAAGGGAUCGCCACCGGUGUGGGCUGCGUGGCAGAGACAGAGGAUACCAUCACCUGCAUGGUGGAGUGGGGAAAAUCGGUUGAAGGCAAGGAGGACCAAGUGGAGGAUCUCGGUGCGAAGAGGGCGGUGGGAAUAUACACGGCGAGUUGGACGGCGCCGCAGAAGGCAGGCGUGCACAGUAACCAGUACUUCCACUAUGUCGGGUCGAAGGGGGAGAUUCGCAUGAAUCAGGCCAAGAGGGGAUACGAUGUGACCAGCGACGAUGGCGGGUUGGCGUGGUAUAAUCCUUUCUACAUGUCAUAUGCUCCUGGUCCCACCGGCGAGUUCAAUGGUCAGUCCGGCUACGGCUAUGUGUCGUUCGAGAAGUUCGUCGAUGCCGUCACGGCCCUCAAAGAGGGAACAGCCACAUUGGAUAAUUUCGACAAUAUGAAUUUGCCAACGUUGAAGAACACUCUUGCCACGUCGGCCAUUCUGGAAGCGGGACGGAGAAGCUUGGAUGAGAAGAGACCCAUUGAUGUGGUCGUCAACGGCGAUCAAUGGGAACUCCAAUAGUCUCGGCUGAUGUGGGCUCUUCCUGGAAUGUGUUUUCCCGAAGUUUGAGAAAAUGAAAUUCCCUGUAACCAGAUUUAUUCCUGGCUGGGAGAACAAGGUACGGUAUUCACGUCACAAUGGCGCAUAUAUGAAGGAUUAAGAAGUUCAAUUAUUUUAGAGCCAUAACUAAGCUAUUGAAACACUACGUGUCGCACUUCCAACUUUUGUGAACUUUGACACUGACGUGAUUUGGUACGCGGCGGC